AUGGCAGAUUCUCUCCAUACCAUCUCAACAGGACAGUCGUCGGUCCAGGCGUUCCAGCCAGAGGCUUUGGAAGAGCGUCCUCCAACAGAAAGACGUCCCUCACUUUUGGAGAGGUUCACCACUGCUGCCUCUAGUUUUAUCCUGACGGAUUCCGAAGCCCAACGGAAGCCUAGCGUCGUGGGAAGUGAGACUGGUGGAAGUAGCAUCCAUAAUUUCACCAGUAUGCGGACUGAAGAUGAAUGGUUUGGCUCCUCGCAAAUUUAUCGUUCUCUUACCAACAGAAAGGAACCGAUUGAAGAAUUUCCCAGCUUGGAGGAGUUUAGUAGCGAGGAUGAGAAUGAUCCAAUUGCGCUUACAGGAUCCAACACUGAGUUUCAGCCGCAUCCACCGAAGCCCCGUAGAAGAGAAAGCACUAUUGUUUCGACAAUUCAGUCGAUAUCACGGAAAUUUGGCUUUUGGGAUUCGGACUUUGCUGCUGAGAGAAUUCGAAUCGCUGGAACGUUGGUAAAGAACUAUGUGUAUUUGUUGAGUGGUUUUGCAAUUGCACUUUCCAUUUAUUGGGGAUCUUACUACCAACGUUCCACUAGAUAUAAGAAUGUUCCCUUCGCUGUCAUCAUCGGAGAUACAACCUUGGGACAAUUGCCCCCUAUUUUGGGUAACCUUGUGCUACUGUUUUUCCAAAAUGUUCCAUUAGUGAAAACUUUGGGCAAUUACCAUAUAUGGUCCUACGAGCGCAUACUUGCAAAGGCUCAGGAGCACAACAACACUAUUCAAGAAGAAGUUUUUAGACAAGUGCACCAUCAGCAUUAUAGGGCUGCAUUCUUUGUGCAUGAAAACGCAACAUUGUCUAUGUAUCAGGCGCUAGUGACGCUAAAUACCACCUUUAAUCCAGCCACAGAAUUACUUUCCGUUGUUUACGAAACAGGAAGUGACUAUAAUGCGGUUCACAACUACAUUUCAACGUUGACUGAACAAAUUUCGAGGGUGUUCGCGGGCUUCAUGGUGAAACUGCCAUGGGUUGGAUACAUGAUGCAGACACUAAAUUCGACUCAGGUUGAUAAUGUGUUCAAUCAAGCUCCUCAACUUUUCACGUCUAAUCCUCGCUUUGUGGUAGAUGAUAGACUUCCAGUUCCUGAACAAGUUGUUCAGGCUCCAUUGCAAAUUGGACUUAUCUACUUGUGUAUCUUCACAUUCUUCCAAUUUGUGUUCUCCGUCCCAAUCCAUAUGUACAUCGCAUCCAAGAUCAAAGGUCUUAGGUACGUGGGCUACAGAAUUCUUGCGGCGCAAGCUGCAUAUGUUGUUCUUGGGUUGGCCUAUGUGUUAUUGAAUACUGCUUUUCAAAUCAGUUUCACAAAAGCGUUCGGCAAUCUGGGAUUCUUGGUCAUUUGGGCAUUCGCAUUUUUGACAAUGUCAUCUGUUGGUUCACUUAUUGAAGUUUUGGUUUUGUUUUGCAUUAUUUUAAAGCCAGCCAUGAUAGGACUUGUCCUUCUUCUCGUUGCAGUUGUCAACUUAGCUCCAACCAUCUCGCCUAUCGUGCUCUGUCCGGACUUUUAUCGCUAUGGGUAUGCUAUGCCAGUGUUUAAUUCAUAUCAACUCAUGCAAGUUGCAUUUUUCAAUUCAUACAAGGGCCAUAUGGGAAGAAACAUCGGUAUUCUAUGUGCUUGGAUUGUUGUCACGAAUGCUAUGAUGCCAUUUGCCAUGAAGUGGAUGGCCAGUCGGCUACCUCAACAACCGGGAGCUCUGUCAUAA